AUGGCUGCCCUGAUGCAACGGGCAGUCGUCGUGUUCAGCGGCGGCACGGCAUUCAACAGCCUGGCGGGCCACCUGCGGCAGCUGACCACACGCGUGGCACACGUGCUGCCCGUGUCGGACGACGGCGGGAGCACGGCGGAGAUCGUGCGGGUGCUGGGCGGCCCCGCGGUGGGCGACAUCCGUUCCAGGUGCCUGCGACUGGCGGACGAUCAAGGGUCGGAGGCACGCGCCGUAAAGCGGCUGCUCGCCCACCGCCUGCCGCAUGGCGACUCGGCGGCGGCCAAGGCGGAGUGGUACCAGAUCGUGGAGGGCCAGUCCUCCCUGUGGGACGGCGUCAGCGAGCCCUACAAGCACAUGAUCCGGGCCUUCCUUAUCCACUUCCACAUGCAAAUCCUCAGCCACUCCACAGAGCAGUUCAACUUCGGCAACGGCAGCAUAGGAAACUUCUUCUUUGCCGGGGCGCGCACAUUCUUCCGCUCCCUGGAGUCUGCAAUAUUCCUUUUCAGCAGGGUGGCGCGCAUCCCAGAGGGCUCUGUCGUGCUCCCCGCGAUCUGCACUGAGGAGCGCAUCACGCUGGGCGCAGAGCUGGAGGACGGCACCGUGGUGCGCGGGCAGAACAACAUCAGCCACCCGGCGGUGGACACCAGCGGCGGCGGCGGCGACUCCAAGCUGGUGGACAAGUCGUUGGACUACCCGCCGCUGCCGUCCCCCAUCCGGCGCGUGUUCUACUUGUCGCACGAGGGCACGGGCCAGGAGCACGAGGUGUACCCGCCCCCAAACCCCAGGAUUCUUUCUGAGAUCCAGAGCUCUGACGCCAUUGUGUACGGCAUCGGGUCCCUUUACACCAGCAUCUGCCCCUCGCUCAUCCUUGACGGCGUCGGGGAGGCCAUCGCGGCGCGGCCCGAGACGCUCAAAAUCUUGCUGCUCAACGGCAGCCACGACCGCGAGACCAGCAGCACCGGCACCCACGACGGCGUCAUGCGCGCCAGCGACAUCGUCGGCGCCGUCACCGACGCGCUCAACCGCCGCCGCGCGCGCCGCGGGCAGCCGCUGCGGCACCCCGCGGGCACAUACGUGAACGUGGUGGCGGUGCCGCGGGGGGCGGGCGUGGAGGUGGACCGGGACGCGUUGGAGCUGGUGGGGGUGAGGGAGGUGGUGGAGGUGGACAGCGCGCGCGAUGCAGAGGGGCGCUGCGUGUACGAUGCGGAGGCGCUGGUGCUGGCGAUCGGGCAGCUGCUGUACGACCGCGGCCUGCUCGCGUGCGCGUGA